AUGUCACUCCACGGACAAACCGUGCUCCUGACCGGGGCAUCAAUGGGGAUCGGUGAAUCCAUUGCGCGUGCUCUGGCCAAAUCCGAUGCAAAUCUAAUUCUGGUCUCUCGCUCCGAGGAUAAACUGGCCAAGCUCACAACCGAGCUGUCUGCGCAACAUCCCCAAAUCAAAGUCAUCUAUCGCGCUGUCGAUGUGGGAAACUAUGAAGCAGUGGAUGCCGCCGUGGAGACAUCCGUCCGUGAGCUAGGCAGCAUCGACAUCCUCAUCAACAACGCAGGUCUGGCCCUCGGCGCCCCCAGCCCCUUCGCCGACCUCAAAAUCACCGACAUCCAAACCAUGAUCUCCACCAACGUCAACGGCCCCAUGUUCGUCACGCACUCAGUACUUAACCGGGGCAUGCUUGCCCGCAAAACAGGGACCAUCCUCAACAUCACCUCGGUGACGGGUCUCGAGGUGCCGCCGUUCUCCGGCGAGGCCGUCUACCACUCCAACAAGGCGGCGCAAGAAGCCUUCACCAACGCGCUGCGCAACGAGCUGGUCGGUACCCAGAUCAAGGUGCUGGCGCUGCGGCCGGGGUGUGUUGCGACGAAUUUCCAUUCGCUGCGUGUGGGCCAUGAUAAGCAGCUUUAUGACUCGUUUUUCGAGGGGUAUCCGUAUGUCUUAUCCGCGUCUUCUUACUUGAAAGUUGGGGCCUGGCCGCUUGUUGCGGAUGAUAUUGCUGAGGCGGCUAUCUAUAUGCUGAACCAGCCUCCUCAGGUGUCUAUCAAGGCGCUGGAUGUUGUGCCGUCAGCUCAACGGUCACUGAAUGUCUUCGAUCGCAACUGGACCGAACGCACUGAGAAUUAA